ACAUAUUUUAAUAUAUAUUUUUCUUUUAUAUAUAUAUAUAGUCUUCCCCCAGGAUGAUAAAGUUCAUGCUCAUGGUGAACCGGCAGGGUCAGACCAGACUGUCCAGGUUCUACCAGCCCGUGGAGCUCAGCAGGAGAACGCAGCUGGAGGCCGACGUGGUCCGCUGCUGCCUGAGCCGCAAGAAAGACCAGUGCUCCUUCGUGGAGUACAAAGAUUUUAAACUGGUUUACCGCCAGUACGCCGCUCUGUACAUCGUGGUCGGCGUCACGGACAACGAGAACGAACUCUCCGUCUUCGAGCUGCUCCAUAACUUCGUGGAGGUUCUGGAUCAGUACUUCAGCCGCGUGAGUGAACUGGACAUCAUGUUCAACGUGGACCGGGUCCACAUCCUCCUGGACGAGAUGAUCCAGAACGGACUCGUGGUCGAGACCAACAAGAGCCGCGUCCUGGCGCCGCUCACCGCCCUCGACAAGAUGGCCGACGGCUGAGCCUCGACAGGAAGUGAUGUCACAGAUCAAAGGGUCGUCGUUGUAGAAAUAUAUUUUUGUAUUUGAAUACAUUUAUUUAAAUGAAUAAUAAAUACUGUUGUUUACUAAUAACUCAU